UAGCAUGGAGUUGACGAGCCUGCCCCCUUGCAACACCUAGUAUGCUCCCGCACUACACAGGCAUUCAGCGACAUCGACCCGUUGCCUGCUUUAUCACAAUUCCAAGCCCUCGAAGAGGACCUACACGUGUCUAUGCCAGACCUACGCCUUGAUAGUUGUCAGAACAGUCGCUGUUCGACGCCUCACUCCAACUGGCUCACGGACGACUAUACUAUACAAUGCGGCCAAUGUGACGUACGGUUUACGGGUAAAUAUCGACGCGGAAACCUCGCGCGGCACGUUCGACACAAACAUUCCGAAUCGAGAGGCGGCCCUUACACUUGUUCUGCAAAUGGAUGCUCCAAAGUUUAUCGACGACAGGAUGCUAAGCUCAAGCAUGAACGUCAGAGGCAUGCGGAGCUUCAUUGCCCACAAGAGCAGAGCAGACAUUCGCUGCCGAUCAGACAAGGCUCAUUCAUCUCCAGUAUACACCAAGUUAUCGACUCCAACGAACAGAGCAAACCCCCUUUCCAAGGCGAAACGUUGGCUCAAACCGCACAAGUUGUAUUCAGCCAACUCUACACCAAACUCGAUUAUGACGACUACACCCGUUUUUGUGAUGCCUUUCUCGCUCAUUGGGAAGCUAUAGUUCAGGAACUUCGCAACAAGAAUUCCGAUGCCCACACUACCUAUGCUCGAGUACUUGAGGAAAUUUAUACUGUCGUCUCUGACCUCGAUUCCGCUCCACCUAAUCAACUAAUCCAGGACGACGAACUGACUAGAUCGAGUGGAAUGACAUACCAACCCGCUCUCCAUGCUCAAGACCAGUUUUACGGAGCCGGGCAUUUGAGUCUGUGCCCUGGUGUUGGCUCCAGUUCCUGGACAAGCCAAGCUCACGGGCGGGAUGGACAAACGCAGCAAUACCAAAAGAGUCAGACAGGCGGCGAGGCCUGGGUCAUCCAUAGCGACAAACCCAUAACGCUCAAGAGCAGGAACGUCGAUUGCCCGAUUUACAAGCAUAACUCAAUGCAUGGAACUCCGCUGUCCUGCCGCGGCUGUAGCAACAAUCGCAUGUCACAGAUCCGGAACCAUGUCAAUCGUAGCACUCAUAGUGGGUUUCCUCGAUUUCUCAAACAGUGUGGACGGUGCAGAGAGGAUUUUAUUGAUAGACAACUUUUCAACUCUCACAGAGAUGCGAAUCGCUGCGAAUACGUACGACAAAUAAGAGGAAAUAUCGAAAUACCCUGGGCACGACUCUAUCUUACUAUUUUCCCUAACGCGCCUCAAGUGCCCCUUCCGUAUACUGGCGAGUUCGGCUGGCUUCCCGAAGAUGUGACAGCACAAUGUCGUCCAUUGGGCCGCACCGUGUCUCGAUCCCACUCUUUUUUAGGUGAAGAGCUCGCGAGUAUGGAUGGUGAUCAAACGCAAUCGCAAUCCAUGAAUGAUCUCAUUGUUAAUCGUCCCGAUUAUCACGCUGUGCUAAACUUCAUGCUCUCCGACGCAAUGAAUCCUAUGGAGCAAGAACUAUUUCAGACUCACCAGGCUGAUCCGAACAGGGCAGUUUCUGAAGGGGUCAUUGCUAGGGCAAGGCCUGACGACGCCUCUGCCCAUUACCUGAGCAUCCUCGAGCGCGAGCCGGAUUCGUUUCUUCGUGCAUUUAUCAUGGCUCCCCGAUUCCUUAGCUCAGAGCGCCUUCAGUUCAUGGCCGAUCUAGCCGAAGCAUUUUACAACGCAACCCAAACGUACCGAAACCGUCCCUCGAACCAAAUCUAUGCUCCUGAUGUUGCAGACUCGACACCAAGCUAUCACGGUUUCCCUAUGCAUCACCAGGAUCCUGUUGCUUACGCUCCACCUUAUCACCAACCAAUCGGAGUGGAUGAGUAUUAUGGCGGUCAUGAUAUGAGUACUCAGCCAAGCAGUCAAGGCGUUGACUCAAACUCUGCUCCUUUCGGGUCAACCCAGCCUUCUACAGCACCUGAUCCGAGCGACCCUACACUUCUGAGUCCUUUCAACUCCGGCGACUACCGCCGGACGUCUUUGGCUUCCACAGGUGUUCCCGAAGUAAACUUGCAUCCGGCAGGGCUACGUAACGUCAUCUCAUCGCCAUCUAAUCAGCAUGCUUCGCCCGAUGUGUCAUCGUACAGUGGUCUCGUUUACUCUCCAUCGGGUGAUCGCAUUGAUUACGGCAACGUAUAUGAUCCUCUUCUAGAUCUGACCUGGUACAAUUGGCCGCAGGAAUCUUGAGUGUAUAUUGAAGCUGAUCAUCGGAGUUCUUUGGAGGUUUCCUUGCACAAGUUUCGUAACAUUAGAAACACUUCAUCUUGUCUUCUCUCUCAUUGGAGUAUGUUGUU